CUUCAGCGGCUACCUUCAUACGAUAGUACUGCUGUGUAGAUGAAGGUUUCCACGGACGGAAAAAGUUCCUGGGUACGCUUUGCGAGGAGUUGGACUUAAGAAUAAGUUGUUCCGGACGGCUUGGACGAGGAAACUCACAAGUUUAAACAGCUAGCAUUGAUGCUACGCCGACAUUUAGCUCAGUCGCAUUAGCAUAGCUUCCGAGGUAAAUAUUGCGACUGCCUUUCGGAGUUUCCUGCAUUUGCUUCCACGUUGUCAACUCAAGAACUGUGCCUCCUGUAGUUAUUUUCCACAAUGAUGUUUUUUUGAACUUGAAUGGUGAGCUUCUCUGCUGUGAGAUGGGUGGAUUUGUGUCGCGGCACACACGUAGCUCACUUAGCCUGCGCGUAUGCUAGCUGACAUUAGCUAACGUUGUCGAGCAACUUCUGCAUGAGAGUGUAACCGAGGCAGUAACGAUACUGUCGCUCACGAACAACCUCUGCUGCUCGGAGCCAUCCAUUUGCAGCCAUGUUUGAAAUGGAGACGCAUAUAUCGUGCCUUUUCCCAGAGAUCCUGGCCAUUAUUUUCAGUUAUCUGGACGUUAAAGACAAAGGAAGAGUAGCCCAAGUGUGCGCGGCCUGGAGGGACGCGUCCUACCACAAGUCUGUGUGGAGGGGGGUGGAAGCCAAGCUGCACCUGCGGAGAGCUAACCCGUCCCUGUUCCCCAGCCUGCAGAUCAGAGGCAUCAAAAAAGUCCAGAUCCUUAGCCUGAGGCGAAGUCUGAGCUACGUGAUUCAAGGGAUGCCGCACAUCGAAAGCCUUAACCUGUGUGGGUGUUUCAACCUCACAGACAACGGACUCGGACAUGCCUUUGUGCAGGACAUCCCGUCGCUGCGGGUGCUGAAUCUCAGCCUUUGCAAACAGAUCACUGACUCCAGUCUGGGCAGGAUUGCACAGUACCUCAAAAACUUGGAGGUGCUUGAACUUGGGGGAUGCAGCAACAUCACCAACACCGGCCUGUUGCUGGUCGCCUGGGGCUUGCACAGACUCAAGAGCCUUAACCUGCGCAGCUGCAGGCAUGUGUCAGAUGUGGGCAUCGGUCACCUGUCUGGCAUGACCCGCAGCGCUGCGGAGGGUUGCCUGUCUCUGGAGAAGCUGACCUUGCAGGACUGCCAGAAGCUGACUGACCUUUCUCUCAAACAUGUCUCAAAGGGCCUAAACAAACUCAAAGUGCUCAACCUCAGUUUCUGCGGGGGGAUAUCGGAUGCAGGGAUGAUCCACCUGUCGCACAUGACCCACCUGUGCAGCCUGAACCUGCGAUCCUGUGAUAACAUCAGUGACACGGGGAUAAUGCAUCUGGCCAUGGGCUCCCUCCGGCUCUCUGGUCUUGAUGUCUCCUUCUGUGAUAAGAUCGGGGACCAGAGUCUGGCAUACAUCGCCCAGGGACUGUAUCAGCUCAAGUCCCUCUCUCUUUGCUCCUGCCAUAUCAGUGAUGAUGGCAUUAACAGGAUGGUACGACAGAUGCACGAACUAAAGACUCUCAACAUUGGACAGUGUGUACGAAUCACGGACAAGGGUUUGGAGCUGAUAGCUGACCAUCUGACCCAGCUGACAGGGAUUGAUCUGUACGGUUGUACAAAGAUCACAAAGAGGGGUCUGGAAAGGAUAACACAGCUCCCGUGCCUUAAAGUGUUAAACCUGGGACUGUGGCAGAUGACUGAGAGUGAGAGAGUGAGGUGAAAGCUCUCCUGAUCAGUAUACAUGUGCUUCAUUGUGUAUAGUGCUAGUUGUGUACUGAGAGGGACUGCCUGUGUCCAUUCUUAAUUUUACCUUCUAUACUGUGACUAAAAAACAAGGAGAGGGAAUCAGCACUGAUCACUGGAAUAUUGUUUAUCUCCGCUGCAGUACUCCACUCCUGUUCUGGUUAUGUUUCAGUUUUGUGCUCUCUCUCUUUUUGAUGCACAUUGUUUAAUCUCAGCCUGUGUACAGUUCUUACUAUCUAGCUACCUCACCCAUCCAACACAGGAGUGCCUAUCGCCGAAUACUAGAUUACAUUGCAUAUUUUUAUGACUCACAUACCAAUGGAGAUUUUUGUAUUUAAAUGAAAGAAAAUCUCAUUGCAGAAUAAUAGCUAGGCAUUUUAACUCUUAACAAUAAGGCUGGACUACCUUGGAUUGAAGUUUUGAUAGAAUGUUUUUUAGGCUGAUGUAUUUUUUACUUAUGUAACCGAUAUUUUUUGUAUUGAAUGACUGUUGUUGACAAAAUUGUACUUCAAAUUGAAGUGGGUGGAUCGCUCCCGUCUGUCUUUGUUUCCCUAAUGUAUAGUCGGCUAUGUUUCAUAUUCCUGAGGAAAUAAGUAUGUAUCAGAUGUUCCAGUAUGCUACUCAUCAACACAACUACAGUAAGACGUAGUAAUUAACAGCUGCCAAGGCUAUAUGCAAUAUCUUAAACUGUUCAUCAGUGGUUUUCUCCUGAGGAGCUUUCAACAAUAGUGUCAAGAGUAUUUGUUUAAAAAAAGCAGUAAUUUAAGAUUGUUUUAUAUUCAUACAG